CGCGCCGAGCGUGGGGGCGCUUGGUAGUGGCAAGGUCGUUAAACGUGUGCAGGUAAAGGAAACGUUUCACCGCGGCAACGCGAGUAAAGCACGGUAAAUACUUACACUCGCAUCUACUAUAGUGUUGUGUGCGAUCGAGCGGCUUUCACUUUUGCUACGAUCCAAUCUUCGCGUUUCAUUGAAGAGAUUGAACCGCGCGACAGAGAGGGGAACCGAGAUUUGGAUCGAGAAAGAAGUGUGGCCAAACACACUUCUGCCUUCUCGAUGGCACGUUCCACGUUAAAACACAGCUCCGAAUCUCUUUCAGAUGUGCGACAUACGGAUUCGAUUCUUUCGAUGCAUAAACAUAGAUCGGGAAUCGCUCGUAAGCCGCAGAAGGCGCGCACCAUGUUAGCUCAGUGGCUUCUGAUUUCGUUGGUCGCCAAUACUAUCGCCUAUGACCCGAAUGAUAAAUCGUUGAAGGACAUUUUGUUACCGGAAGGACGAUUCGAGGCGUUUUACUUGAAGGGCUCUCAGGAGGAGGAACAGAACGCGGUGAGGCCUCCGCAUCUUCACGGUUCCUUUCAUCAGUACAAGAACCCAGCCCUGGUCGGCGCACCGAACAGCGCAGCUUACGGUUUUCGUUUCGACGGAAAACGUCGUUUCAAUUAUAAUUAGAAUUAGAAAAGUUUAAUCGAAUUACCGCGGAAUACGCGCAGAAUUUAUUAUACGUACAAGUCGUCACCGGUUAUUCUCGAUUUUCAACGCUAUAGCGCUAUUCGAUUCUGAGAAGCGCCACUCGUCCAACCGAGGUUGCAGCCCAUUUCACAAAUAAAUCUUGUCAUACCCAUGUACACGUGUAAUGUAACUUGUAACGUGCAGAUAGACAAUAAAAACAAUUCGUAAGUAA